AUGUUACCAUCAUUAUUACUGUUAUACACUUUAAUAAUACUUGCACAAUGUAACGCAGAAAACACUGAAACAUACUUCACAACACCUUCUACAGAUGCCUUUAAGACAACGUCAGUCAGUGAGGUAGAUGAUGACAGUGCGUCAACUGCAACCACGACUACAACUGCAACUACAACCACAGAGGAUUCUGAAAAUGUAGUGACUCUACUCCCAAAAAUUCAUAACACUUCAGUCAAUGUGACUUAUGUUAUCCUACCGAGUGAAUUGUACUUAGGUCAAAGAAAUUUAAUUACUGUACGAAGUCGUCAACCGAAAACCAGACUUACUAUUUCAAUGAAUUUAACUGGAUUGUCAGAAACAAUCAAAGACCAGAAUGUCUACAAGUUGCUUCGAUUGAAUAUAUCUCGAAAUUGGUAUGGUUUAGAUAUCCCCUAUGAAAUUCCUUUCAUUUUUGAUCAUGAAGAAUCGAUUUGGGUUAAAAUGAUAUUUAAUUUUACGCAUUGUUAUAACAGUGAUGGCAGUGAACGGGCUGAGGAUAUUGAUGACAAUGACAAUGACAAAGACAAUGACGAGGAUGAUAGCGACGACAAAAAUGGCGAUGAUAAUGAUGGUGAUGAUGAUGAUGAAAAUUCUAAGAAUGUUGACCAGUGUGCCCAAUACAAAGUGACUCAAGUGAUAGAGUCCGUCCAAUUGAAGCAAUCACCAAUUAUUAUUAUUGGUGAAACUGACAAGCCAUUGUAUAGACCUGGUGAGUCUGUUAAUUUUCGAUAUUUAGCGCUAAAUGUGAAUACUUUAUCCCCGAAAUCAGUUAUUGCUGCUUCAUUGCCUAAGAAAAAGCUUAUAGUCAAGAAAAAAGCUCAAUUCCAGUUAAAAGAUGUUAAUCGUUAUGAUUUAUCUAAAUUAGAAAAUAUAAUGUAUAAAGAAAUCUAUAUCACUGAUCCUAUGGAUAAUCGUGUUAAACAAUGGUUAAAUGUUUCGCCUAAAAAAGCUUUAAAUUUAACCUACCCCCUGCUGAAUAAAGCUGUUGAAGGUAAAUGGAAAGUACACGGUGUUAUUGGACGUCAUGUAAAAGAAGAAAUACUUGAAUUCACAGUGAAGCAAUAUACUCUACCAAAGUUUACUGUAGAAUUAGAAACUCCAAAACUCUUUACACCUCAUACUGAAUACGUCCAAUAUUCAAUUUGUGCAAAGUAUACAAAUGGACCAGCAUUGAAAGGUUCUGUAAAAUCAAUUCUUUGUGCUUGUUCUGAAUAUGCCUGGGAUAGUGAAUAUUCUAUGGGGAAUGAUGAAAAAACUGUUCAAUCCCUAGUAUUAACACGUAAAUGUCCAUCGAAUGGUUAUGAAGUAAACCUUCGACCAUGUAUUAUACAUAAUCAACAAUUACAAGCUGAUGGUUGUGCAAAUUUCAAUGUAUCCACUAAAGAAUUCGCCUUAUCUACAGAUAAAUAUUCUAAAUGGAAUCAAAUAAGUAUUUUAUGCGCUCAUGUUGAAGAAGACGGUACUGGUUCAAAGCUAUACAACUGUUUAAAGGGGGAUGAAAUCAAAAGUGAACAAGCAAAUUUGAAGUUGGAAUUCCCGAGUGUUUAUAAAUCGAAAUUGCCAAUCACUGGGAGGGUGAAAUUAACAAAUUAUGAAAAGAGUAUAAACUAUAGUGUCAAGAUAUCUGUCUCUGAGCAGAAAUGGGGCUGUUAUUGGAAAGGUAGCUCUAAAGGCACAGAAUAUUACAUAAAUACUAUCCCAGUCAGUGAAUUAAAAGACGGUGUCAUUCAUAUACCACCACUUCACUCUGAAAAUUCAAUAUUAAUUGAAGCUGAGUUGUUGUUACCCUCUGGAGUGCCAUUACCACCAUCAUCAGCAUCAUUACCCGCAGUUGAGUCGACCUCCAAAGAUGCAAGUGAAAGUAUCCCAGCACAAUCGAGUAACUUCUAUUUCUGGCCUGAUAAACCUUGGUCACCAAAUGACAAUCCAGUUACUGAUAGUGUAACAUUAAGAUCAUGGGAUUCAGUUAGUAAAGUUUACCUACAAUUAUGGCCACCUCAAGAUAAAAUUGUUACCACAUGCCCUAAUACAGUCAAAUUACUUCUGUUAUCCAAUAUACCUCUAUCAGAUAAAAUUAUUUUUAUAGAAUCAAUGGUACGGGGUGAACACAUGAAGAUUGUGAUACCAGCAAGUGAUAAAAUGCUGGCCGACAACAACAUCACUGAUGAUUGUGCUGAUCGUGACGAUGAGUUAGGACAUUAUCAGUGUACAGGUGUAAAUCCAGAGGAGAUUAAAUGUUUACCAGGCUGGCAAGGUGAAAAUUGCUUGGUGCCUAUUUGUUCUUCAGAAUGUAAUCCUAAUGGUGGCCUGUGUAUCAGACCUGAUGAUUGUCAGUGUAAAUCAGGAUGGAGUGGAGUGAAUUGUGAUCAAUGUGUUAAGCGUGCAAAUUGUUUACACGGCAAAUGUAUUCAAGGAAAUGAUUGUGUCUGUGAUGAUGGAUGGACUGGUUAUAGUUGUGAUCGUAAAACUGUAAUUUACGAAGAAAUUUCAGAAGAAGCUAAUGAAACAAUUACUACAGAAAGUGUCAAGGAAGUGAAAUCAACUGAUCAAUUGGAUAGUUCUUUCAUUUCUACCACUUCAUCAACAACUUCACCAGAAAUCAAUACGAAACCAGUUAGAACACUUUAUCAACGACACAUAGAGUUUACAAUUAAUGGAUCAUGGGGACCAAGAUUUACAGCUAUAAUUUAUAUUCAUCAUCAACAAGAUAACACGUCACCUGAGAUUAUUUCAACUCAAUUAACUGUGGAACAAAUUGAAAAUUGUACAAGUAAUGCAAUUGCACUUCAAUCGAAAUCACAUAAAAGUAGUAUAGAAUUUAGUCAAAAUGUUGCAGAUCCUGGCCAGAAAAUUGAAAUGACCAUUACUCCUCAAGGUGUGCUAUCACCACCACCAACAUCGUCGUUGAUAGAUCAAGAAAGCAACUGUUAUAAUAUGUCAACAAAACUAUGUAAAAAUAAAGGUCAAUUGUCAAAUGAAUUGUGCUUCAUCAGGAUCUCUGAUACAUCACUGGAUAACUUCCAAGGGGAUAAAAAUUUGAUUAAUUUAAAAUCUUUCACUGAAAAAUUAAUUGAUUAUGCUAUGCAUAGUGAAUUUCGACCGUCUAUAGCUGCUUCAACACAAGAAGCAUUUCAAGCUGCUGGUUUUCAGAUUGGUUCAACGUAUCCACAACCAAUGUUUGUGCAUCAGUUAUACGCCUGUCCCCAAUUUUCAUAUUCAGGUGUCUCAGUUGUCCUUGACGAUAGUGGAGUUGAUAAUAAUAAUAACAAUGCUGUUCCAGCCAGUGCACAACGUCCACAACCACUUCCAUUGAUGAGAAACACCUAUGUACCAGUAAAACCACGGCUACGAGACUUCUUUCCUGAGGUAUGGCUAUUUCAAGUGUUACCAAUCACUGAUCUACAAAUCAGCCAUGAAGUUGACGAAAAGGCUAACAAGACAGAUACCACUGACAUGAAUGAGUCAAGGGGCAUAAAAUUAAACCUCACAGUACCAGAUACUAUAACAAGUUGGAGGGCAUCAGCGUAUUGUACAACAAAGUUGAAUGGCCUAUGGUUUGGUGAACCACAAACAGUCACUGUCAAUAUGCCUUUUUAUUUGGAAAUAACGCCACCCAAAGAAAUGAAACGUGGUGAAAUUUUGCAUAUCCCUGUAAGUGUGUUUAUUUUGGAUAGAAAGUAUUUACAAAAACCAGAAAAUUCCAACUUAUCAGAAUGUUAUGAAGUUUUAGUUGAUGUACAAGUAAACAACACUGAUGACUGGUUAGUUGUCGGUACAACUAAACACUCUGGUUGUUUGUGUUCUGGUGAUAAGGCAACUUAUCUUGUCGGAUUACAGGCGAAACGCUUAGGUAAACUGAAUAUUACUGCUGAAGCCUUGGCCGUUAAGAAUAGUCAGUCCUGUCAAUCUAUAGAACAUAGUGAACUCCAGUUGAAUAUCUCAAAGCAGCAAGGAUUUCAAUCAAAAUUACUAACUGAUAAAAUUCGUCGCCAUGUCAACGUGAUACCUGAAGGUGUUCAACAUGAAACAACUAUCAGUGAUAUUAUUUGUUUGAAUGAACAAGAAACUCAAUCGGAGCGCGAGUUUGAAUUCGUGUUACCUAAAAAUAUAAUUAAGAACUCUCUACACAGUUAUAUAUCCUAUAGUGAUGAAGUAUUAGGACCUGCUCUGGUGAACUUAGACAAACUUGUACGCCUACCUACUGGUUGUGGAGAACAGAAUAUGGUACUGGUAGCACCUAAUGUCUACAUAUUAGACUAUUUGAAAUCUACACCAAAUAUCAACUCCAAUGAGAAUAAAGAGAAUUAUAUGCAAACAGCUAAAUCACACAUAAUAUCAGGUUAUAUCCAACAGUUGAAAUAUAGACGAGACGAUGGAUCAUUUUCUGCUUUCGGUAAAUCGGACAAAGAAGGCAGUACAUGGUUGACAGCAUUUGUAGUCCGUGUAUUUGCUAAAGCCUAUAAACUUGAGCCAACUUUAAAUGUUCAGUGGGAGAAUCUAUUCACCGGGGGUAUACAUUUCUUAAUUACCCGUCAAAAUAAUGAAAGUGGAUGUUUUGAAGAGCAUGGAAAAGUUCUGUAUUCCCCGCUACAAGGUAUAAGUGGCAUAGAUGAAUCCCAUCAACUGAAGGAUAUUCUACUUACUAGUUAUGUUAGUUCAGCACUGUUUGAAACACGACCAAAUAAUGCUGAUAAUAAUUCGAAUAUUAAGUAUACUAGUAAAGCAGAAGAUGCCUACAAUAGUGGAUUGAAAUGUUUAAGUCAAUAUCUUGUAAAUCUUGACUCGUAUGAUGAAUUGCCGACUUCAGCGCUUGUACAAAUCACGCAUACGUAUACACUAAUUCAACCGAAUUCUCCACUAACUAUUGAUUUACAAAAUGUUGUCAUCAAAAGGAAACAAGUUAUUCAGGAUCAAUUCGGUGAAAAGAUUUACUGGUCAGAUAAAUUUGAUAAAGUUGAGACGAAUACAUCAGCUGGUAAUUCAACAACACAGGAUACACUUAUUGAUAAUAAUAAUAUUGACAACAUUGAACCACGUGAUUUAGAGUCAACAGCUUAUGCUUUUCUUAGUUUAAAUCGAAUGAAUCAGACAGUGAAUGAAUUGUUCCCAAUUAUACGUUGGAUAAGUUCGAAACAAAAGUCAAACGGUGGUUUUUACUCUACACAAGAUACAGUACUUGGACUUGAAGCUAUAGCGGAAUUCGCUAAAAAAUUAGGCAUCUACAAUAAUGAGAAUAAUAAUAAUACAAUAAUAGUCAAGCGACAAAUACAUCCUAUGGUGUUCUUCAAAUAUCAAAUCAUGUAA